AUGCAUUCAAGAAAUCAUUGGGGAGGGUCCUUUGAAAUGAGCACAAGUGGUGAAGAGGUCUUAGGCUAUGAGACCAACCGCACCACAGAGUGGGACAAGGCAGCACUGCUUGAGAGGUACCAUCCUCAAAGCCAAGAUUUGGAUGAAACUCUUCAGAGUUGGGUUCUGGAAAGGGCUGAGAAGACCAAGAAGACUAAGUAUGUGGACUUUGGGUUCAUUGUGUGCAGCCAUAGGGCAUUGAAAUGGACUUUUGGUUCCAUUUUCUUGGCUUUCUGUGUCAUUGCCCUUCCCAUCAUCAUCUCCAAGUCUUUGCCCAAACACCAUUCUCCUCCUACCCCACCAGAUAACUACACCCUUGCCCUGCACAAAGCACUUCUCUUCUUCAAUGCUCAAAAAUCUGGGAGAUUGGCCAAGAGCAAUGGCAUUCCAUGGCGAGGGAACUCAGGUUUAAAUGAUGGAAACGAUACUGACGUGAAAGGAGGAUUGGUUGGAGGUUACUAUGAUGCAGGAGACAACACAAAGUUCCAUUUUCCCAUGGCAUUUGCUAUGACAAUGCUCAGUUGGAGUGUGCUCGAAUAUAAGCAAAAGUAUGUGGCUAUUAAUGAGUAUGCACAUUCUCGAGAACUCAUCAAAUGGGGUACCGAUUACUUGCUCUUGACCUUCAAUAAUUCUGCUACCAAAAUUAACAAAAUUUAUGCCCAGGUUGGUGGGGGUUUAAAUGGUUCUAGCACACCAGAUGAUCAUUACUGUUGGCAAAGGCCAGAAGACAUGGAGUAUUUGCGCAGCACCGUAGCCAUAUAUGAAGGUCCUGAUCUUGCAGGGGAAAUGGCAGCAGCAUUAGCAGCAGCCUCUAUAGUUUUCCAAGAUGAUGUUGCCUACUCUCAGAAACUGAUUAAGGGUGCCAAAACUGUUUUUGACUUUGCCAGAGAUGGUGGUAAGAGGAGGACAUAUAGUCGUGGGCAGGCUUAUAUUGAACCUUUUUAUAACUCUACUGGCUACUAUGAUGAGUACAUGUGGGGUGCUGCUUGGUUGUAUUAUGCCACUGGAAACACUUCUUAUAUUUCCUUGGCUACCAAUCCUUCCAUAUUCAAGAAUUCCAAGGCAUAUUUAUUGCGUCCUGAUUUAAGUGUUUUGAGCUGGAAUAACAAGUUACCUGCUGCAAUGUUGUUGCUGACACGGCUCAGGAUGUUUUUGAAUCCUGGGUACCCCUAUGAGGACAUGUUGAAGAUGUACCAUAAUGUUACUAGUCUUACCAUGUGCUCUUAUCUUCAUCAAUUCAAAGUCUUUAACUGGACUAGAGGGGGAUUGAUCCAAUUGAACCAUGGACAACCUCAAUCUCUCCAAUAUGUUGCUAAUGCCGCUUUCUUGACAUCACUUUUUGCUGAUUACAUGCAAGUGAUUGGUGUCCCUGGAUGGUAUUGUGGUUCUACUUACUUGCCAAUAUCUGCUCUGAAGAAAUUUGCAACCUCUCAGAUUGAUUACAUUCUGGGUAAAAACCCCAUGAAAAUGAGCUACAUAGUGGGGUAUGGAAAGAAGUUUCCGAGACAUGUUCAUCAUCGAGGAGCAUCAACACCAAAUGAUCACAAACAUUACUCAUGCACUGGUGGUUGGAAGUGGCGUGACACUCCUAACCCAAAUCCUAACACCAUUACAGGAGCAAUGGUUGGAGGGCCGAAUCAUUUUGACCAAUUCCAUGAUUCAAGAAAGAAUUAUAACUACACUGAGCCAACCUUAGCUGGAAAUGCAGGACUAGUUGCUGCACUAGUUUCCUUAACAAGUACCACAGGUAGUGGCAUUAUUGACAGGAACACCAUUUUUUCAGCCAUUCCACCACUUGGCCCACAAAACCCUCCUCCUCCACCUCCUUGGAAACCAAUCAAAAGAUGA